GAAUGGAGGCUUGAGUGCUUCUUCCGCUAAAAGACUAUUAGAAUAAAUGAAGAUGGCAGAUGAUGAGGGUACCGAAUGGUUGCAAGAACUAUUGCACGAUGUUCAACUGUCACAGUUUUUCACAAGAAUACGAGAUGACUUACAAGUCACUCGGUUGCAUCACUUUGACUAUGUUCAACCAGAAGAUCUCGAGAAGAUAGGGUUAGGGAAGCCAGGCAUCAGGCGGCUGUUAGAUGCCGUUAAGAAAAAGAGGAACACACAAUGGAAGAAGAACUUGAUUACCAAGAUCAGGCCUGGCAGCAGCACAAAAACCACCAAGAGAACAUCACAACCGGUUGAAGGUUCUUCGGUGUUGACAUGCCUCAUACAAGAUAAGGAUGUGACAUUGUCCACCAAAUUAGGAGACGGUAGCUUUGGUGUAGUUAGACGUGGAGAAUGGACAUCGCCUUCAGGAAGAACACUGCCAGUUGCCGUGAAAGUUCUGAAGGCAGAUGCCUUGACACAGCCAAGUGUCAUUGAAGACUUUGUGUCUGAAGUUCAAGCGAUGCACACGCUUGAUCAUCAUAAUCUUAUUAGAUUGUAUGGGGUAGUACUAUCGCAACCAAUGAUGAUGGUGACAGAACUCGCUCCUUUCGGAGCAUUGUUAGACUACUUACGAAAACAGUGUGGCCGUAUUUCAGUAUUAACUCUCUGCAAUUACGCGUUGCAAGUUGCUACGGGGAUGGCAUAUUUAGAGGCGAAACGGUUUCUCCAUCGUGACCUAGCCUGUAGAAACGUUCUCCUGAGCUCCGUAGAUAAAGUGAAAAUUGGUGACUUUGGCCUAAUGAGGGCCCUGCCCCAACAGGAAGACUGUUACGUUAUGACAGAGCACAAGAAGGUACCGUUCCCGUGGUGUGCACCGGAAUCGCUAAAAGCACGCCAAUUCAGUCACGCGUCCGACGUUUGGAUGUUUGGUGUCACGUUGUGGGAGAUGCUGACAUUUGGCGAGGAGCCAUGGGUUGGGCUGAACGGUUCGGAGAUUCUGCGAAAGAUUGAUAAAGACGGGGAACGAUUGCACGAGCCAGAAGGUACGCCGCCAGUCAUGUACCAAUUGAUGUUACGAUGUUGGGCCCGGGAACCCUCGGAACGACCGACAUUCACGUCCCUACGGACAUCCCUGACAGGAAUGGUUCCGACCGUAAUGAAAGCCGUGAAUCACUUCGAAGAAGCCGAGAAAAUGACCAUCGAACAAGGUGACCAAAUAGUGAUUCUAGAUGGUCGGCCUGAGAACUACUGGUGGAAGGGUCAAAACCAACGAACCUUUCAAAUAGGCUUGUUUCCUCGUUGCCUGGUCGAUCCUAUGAGACGCAAGCAACCUGAAGACAUAAGUAAGCCUUUAGAAAACUCCUUUAUCCAUACUGGGCACGGUGCACCUUUUGGGAAAAGUUGGGGUAGUCCUAUUUACAUAGACGACGUUUACCUACGAAAUCCCAUGGAACCACCUGACGUUGUGGGCGUAACUACUGCCCCGGAUAGCCAUCUGAAGAAGAAAUUUUUCAGCACCACUCCACGAUCACGGAAGCAAUUUAACUACACAAAAUUUCAGAACGACAUUAGAGCCAGCUCGGUGAAAUCGACCAAUGCCACUGGAUCCAGUAGCCAAGAGGGUAGCUUGAUAGACUUGUCCCCGGAAGAAAUAGUGAACACGAGCGUCGCGCAAUCUGAUACUGCCUGUCGUCGAGUGGUUAAUAUCCUCGACGAGCCUAUCGACGAUAUGGAACGACAGCAACCGGUGAAUUGGCAAGAGGAUGAUCCUAGAACGUACGCCAACUUCCCAGAGAACGUCGAUCCUGCGUACUCGGACCCAUUCGACACAUCGUCGGUGUUUCUGAAGCUUCCUCAUUCAAGAUACUACAGCCAAGUUCCACCUGACAUGAACAGUCGGUACUACAAGACUCAGGCGUACGGGAACGUACAGAAUCAAGAUGCCAGUAGCUGUCCGGAUAGUACAAAUUAUUUCACGCCUGAAUCUGGAUCGGAUGUCAGUCACUAUUCCAUAAACCUGAGCAAAGAGAAUCGAAACGACAGUAUUAAUCUGAACGUGAACGUCGACGCAGAAGACAGCAACGCGUACUCUCAGAAUCAUUAUAGCGAAAUUGACAAGCCCAGUCCUCCGCAGACCAGUUGGUCUACCUGGCCGGAGGACCUUCAGAACGAGGCGCAGCAGACGUACGUGAACGUCUCUAGUCGAAAUCUUCCGAGUUCCGAUGUCCCACCACUUCCACUCAUGGCUCCCGAUGAGAGUCCGCCGAAACCAAAAUCGAACCAUGAUCUUGCCCAAAGUCUGAACGAGCUGACUAUCAACACUCGUACCGUGUCCCCAAAGAAGCUGGACCCAACGUUUCUGGCCGAAUUGGAGAAACACUUAGGGGAGAAAGAGGCGAGCAAGAACAUGAACGCCAGUCAAGAAACCGCAAGUUCAUCCGAGUCGUAUUCAUCGGUGAACAAGCUGCAAGAGAACACGAUCCCAGCGCUACGACCACCACCUCAAUCGGCCAAACCGAAAUCUCCACAGAUCGAUCACAGAACGAGCAAUUUACCCACCAAAGUACAGAACUCCUGGCCGUCGAAAACCACGAAUAUCCAGCAGCCACGUCCCCAGCCUGAACAACGAGUGUCGGAGACACCGACCGAUCAAAUGGUCUGCCAAAUAUGGCAACAAUCGCAGGCGUCUCAGCAGAAUCCUUAUCCCAACGAAACGAGCAUCAAUAGGGUCCACAGCAAUCCACCGACGAAUCUGAACCUGUUGCAAAUCGCGCCCAGUAACCUGGGGAACCAAUACAACGUCACCAAGACGAACAUCAGUCACGCACAAAACUCAAUAGCGGCUAGUCCAGCCAGUCACUUCCAGAAUCCCAUUCUGCCCAUCGCGAGCCACGGGAUCACGCAGAUACAAAACGAUCUCCAGCAAGCGCACUCGAGCAACGUCCCCUCGAAACCGGCCAGCGCGGUGUUCUCGGAGCAGGUCUACGCGGAGCUGAAGCAAACGGUGCCAAACCUGGAGCAGUUGUCCCAGAACGAGUUCAACACAUUGUACAACAAGACCGUCCAACAGAAUAUCCUCAGGAACUAUUACGCUGCGAGCACAUCGUCCGCCCCCGACUCUAGCAAUCUAAGUCAUAGUCAUUAUUUGGAGGGAGCUGCUGGUAGUUCGCAGCAACAACAACAACAACCACCACGAGCCGGUCAGACGAGGAGUUUCCCGGUUCAGGGUCAUCCGUGCGACUUUAGCCCGCAUCUGAAACAGCCGCCAGUUUACAAUCCACCGCCGCAACCGGCCUGGAGUCCGAUGAAAUCUAUCCAGAACGGCUUGGUGCCGGGCCAGUGUCCCGUAAUGAAGACCAAUCUGGGCAACAGCGGCAAUCUGUUGCAGCUCGUGCACCCUAAUCUGCCGCAAGAGGCUGCCAUGGUGUCCCAAGCCCCUACGUUACGAAGUGGUGUACCACCUCAAAUGAACGAGACGGUCGUUAAUACUCAAUUAGCCCCCUCUACGUCGGCGUACCCCUCUGGAGUCAGUCCCCCGUUAACUGGAGCCUCUCAGCAGUUGGUCAUGUCCCUUAACGACGAGUUUCGCGCAAACAAAGUGAUGAAGGUGCAGAGGGAGGCGUCUGACGCGUCCCAGCAGGAGAUACUGACGGCGUUACAGGCGACCGGUUGGGACACCAAUCAAGCCGCGAAGCAGAUCCUGAAGGACAGACAGGCCAAGAUAGAGUCUCUUGUGAGACUGGGCUUGGCAGGCAGACAGGAAUGCGAGGGUGCUCUGAAGCAGACUGAAUACGACGUAGACUUAGCGGCUUCCCUGUUGUUAGACCAGGUCAGAUGAAAGUAGACCCUAAGCAGACCGUGUCACAACUUUACUGAAAAUAUUGUAAAAUAACUAAU